AUGUCAGACUCUGCUCAAAACCUAAGCGAUUUGGCUUUCAAUUCCAGCUACAAUCCCCUUGAUAGUUUUAUUACAUUUACGUCAAUUUAUGGUGAUAACACUGCUGUAAAAUUUAGUGUGUUGCAGGAUAUGGUUGACGUAAAUACGAAUGAAGCUAUUGUCUAUGGUACCAGAUGUGGUGCCUCAGUAUUAACGCAAAUUAUCAUGUGGAUGAUAUCGAAAAAUCGGAGAACUCCAGUAUUCAUCAUCAAUCAGGUCUCUUUAACGCUAAUCCUUAUACACUCUGCGCUAUAUUUCAAGUACUUGUUAAGCGGUUUUGGCUCAGUGGUUUACGGCUUGACAGCCUUCCCACAACUAAUUAAGCCAGGUGAUCUACGGGCUUUCGCUGCGGCUAAUAUCGUCAUGGUACUAUUAGUUGCGUCAAUUGAGGCCUCAUUAAUAUUCCAGGUCAAAGUUAUAUUCACUGGCGACAAUAUGAAAAGAGUCGGACUCAUACUGACAAUCAUUUGCACUUGCAUGGGGUUAGCUACCGUUACAAUGUAUUUCAUAACUGCUGUGAAAUCUAUCGUAUCACUUUACAGGGAUAUGAGUGGAUCAUCUACCGUAUUAUACAACGUUUCGCUGAUUAUGCUUGCAUCGUCCAUCCACUUUAUGGCGCUUAUCCUAGUCGUUAAACUGUUUCUAGCGGUUCGCUCUAGACGGUUUUUGGGGUUGAAACAAUUUGAUAGUUUCCACAUCUUGUUGAUUAUCUCCUGCCAAACAUUAUUGGUCCCUUCACUUCUAUUCAUCAUUGCUUACUCGUUCCCAAGUAGCAAAAACAUCGAAUCUUUAAAGGCAAUUGCUGUUUUGACUGUCGUUCUUUCCCUGCCUCUUUCUUCAAUGUGGGCAACUGCAGCCAACAAUUUCACAAAUUCCUCCUCUUCCGGUUCUGAUUCGGCGCCUACCAACGGUGGCUUUUAUGGAAGAGGAUCUUCCAAUCUUUACCCAGAAAAGACCGAUAAUCGAAGCCCGAAAGGUGCCAGGAAUGCUCUAUAUGAGCUAAGAUCAAAGAAUAACGCCGAGGGCCAGGCUGAUAUUUACACGGUGACAGAUAUUGAGAACGAUAUUUUCAACGAUCUCUCCAAGCCAGUUGAGCAGAAUAUUUUCUCUGAUGUCCAAAUUAUAGACAGCCAUUCCCUUCAUAAGGCUUGCUCGAAGGAAGAUCCCGUAAUGACACUAUACACGCCAAAUACAGCAAUUGAGGGCGAGGAAAGAAAACUUUGGACAAGCGAUUGUUCGUGCUCAACAAAUGGUAGUACGCCCGUCAAGAAGAAGUCGACAGGAGAAUACGCAAACCUUCCUCCACAUCUAUUACGUUACGACGAAAAUUAUGAUGAGGAGGCUGGUGGUAGAAGGAAAGCCUCAUUGAAGUGGUAA